CUCAACACCAUAAACCCCCUCUACUCAUGUUGGUGACACCUGUAUUCGACGUCCGCUUGCAUCGAGUCUCGUCGCAAUAACACACGCUCUCUGAGCGUCGUGGGCGGUUCGAAACGUCCGCGACGUGCUUUUGCUGAUUAUUUGCCACAUUUGCCCGACUUUGCUCUCCGUCUCGAUUUUUUGUCGCCCGUCGAGUCGACUGCGAGGAUUUGCGAACGUGAAGUCGAUUAAGUGUUAUAUUAAGGGGAGGAAUUCAUUCGUCAUAUCUAAAGCGGCGGCUGAAGAGCACAUGAUGGUUGUGGUCGACGGAAAGAAAUAUGCCUGUGAGACGUGCAUUAAGGGGCAUCGCUCGUCCGCAUGCAAGCACACCGAUCGACCCCUAUUCGAGAUCAAGAGGAAAGGGCGGCCUGUAACACAAUGCGAACACUGCAGAGAGCUCCGCAAAACAAAACAAGUGCACGUCAAAUGUAUAUGCGAGUCCAGAGAGGACGACGCGGGAGAGGCCUCGGGCAGCAGGAAAGGCAGUAAGAAGGUUCCGGCUUCGGCCGCCUUCCCGACUGGUUUGCCCCCAGAACUGGAGGCCGCGGUGGCUGCGCAGCUCACCUCGGAGGCGUCAUCAGACUCGGAGCAUGGAGGAACUUGCGAUACAUGUGAAUGCAAGUCUGGAGGUCCUUGUCACUGCGCUACACCGAGAUCAACUGGGAAGACUCGCAAGGGCUCGACGACGACCCGGGAAGGUAGCGCCGGCAGUUCAGGAGGUGCUGCCCAUCGUCUGCCUGAGGGCUUGAACCAGCCUCAUUUUCGUCCUGUACUUCCGCGGCCCACUCCAGGAACAUCGCUGGGAACGAGCUCCCAACCCUCCUCUGUCAUCCCCGCGAAUCAUCCGCCUCGGCAUCCCACCCAUAGCUCUAUGUUUUAUAGCCCUUACGGACGCGCGUAUGAACAAAUUCACACCCAGGAUCGCACUACCCUGGCGACAGCCAGGCCUACCAUAGGCACUGGUGUCGCUCAGGGCCAAAACACUGUCCCGCCACAUCUAUACCAAUUGUUCACUAGUUCGCCGGCGUCCCAUCCAAUGCAAAACGCGUCUAGCCAGCCUCCGCUCCUGCCUCCAGUAUGGCCCUCUCCCACCGACGAAUCCUUCCCACUGUGCAAUUGUGGAGACAGCUGCUCUUGCCCUGGCUGUCUCGAACACCGUGGGCCUGCCGCGGCUGGCUUCACCUCCUUCCAGACCUGCACGAACCAAAACUCAUGCUCCUCGUGCUUGUCCUGCAGCAUCCUGUCCCUGCCGUAUGAAGCCGCGUCGCCCGAGUUCAGUGAUCAGCAGUCAUUCCAGCUGGCGGAAGAGCUUUUGGCUCGUAUCCCGGACUUGAUGGGCGGCGGUCCGCAGGCGUCUGCAUCUCACCCUAUGGCAACCUCCCAGCAGCUUCCCCCUGCUGUGAUGCAAGGGUAUAUGGCCGGACAGGCUUGGCCGAAUUAUGCAGGGUCGAGGACUACGGGCGCUAUGAAUGAAAAUACUAGUGAGUGCUGCGGCGGCCAGUGCAAAUGCGCCGUGGGCCGCUGCAAUUGUCCUCCGGACUGCUGUGGCUGCUGCCAGGGCUGCUCAUGCGACCACUGCAAUCACGAACAGGAGGGCGCAAGGGGGCUGACGUUUGCUGUCUCGGGGGAGAGGGGUGCAUGUGCUUGCGGUUCCGGGCAUCAGCUUAGGCAGGGGCAGGGUGGUGGUGAUGCAAUUCGCGGUCCGGGAUCGCAGUUCACGAGCCUGGGUGCGGCGCGGAGGUCCAGUUCCUCGAGCACCUCGCAGUUCGGGCGGUCGACGUCGUAUCAAAGUGCAUACUCUUCUUCGUCCGCUGGUGCUCCAUCCGCCGGGGGCUCUUGCUGUUCGUCCAAGAAGACUUAGUGUACCGUACGUUAUACAAGAAUAUUAAAAAAUCCGAGCGUGGGUUGUACAAAAUGGAGUGCAUGACCUGAAGCACGC